CUCGUCAGAAGCAGGCGCAACCUAUCCUUAUACCGCUGCCACUCCCUGCUUUUACUUGCGCACCUCAGCCCGCAAGCAAAAGGGUCAACUGCCCGACCCGCAAGACAUCGACAUCGCAACUUCUGCAAGCUCGCGCAUACGCGCUAAGCUCUCGCUUCCGCCUGCAUACCUCCUCAGCGGCAAAAAUGGUUGACCCCAGCCCCGCGGAGCUUGACGAUAUCAAGCUGGCCGCGCAGAAGCUGUGGACCCUGGACGAAAACCGCCUCAAGCCCGGCGUCGACUAUGCCGUCAACCUGCAGAGCGGCAAGUCGAUGUGGCAGAAGGGUGACGCGGCCUCCGACAAGCUCUUCAAGGGCGUGAAGAAGGACACGUGGACUAAGCCCACCUACGUCAUCUUCUACAACUUGCUUGACAAUUACGAGCGCGAGACGGGCGUGUCGGAGUCGGAGACGGCGCAGGAGAAGAAGGAGGUCAACGAUUUCCUGGAUGCCUGCCUGCGCACCAAGGUCAUGCAGUACGCGCACAAAUACUGCGCGGAGCGGGGCGUGGCGCCGGCGGACGCGGCGGGAUUCAAGAAGGUCCUGCAGCAGAUGUGGUUCAGCUACUACCGCCGCGACGGCGGGGGCAACGACUCGUGCGGCUUCGAGCACGUGUUCGUGGGCGAGAGCAAGGGCGAGUCCAUCACCGGAUUCCACAACUGGAUCCAGUUCUACAUCGAGGAGGGCCGCGGCAACGUGGACUACCUGGGCUACGUGCGCCCCAAGUACGGCCGCGAUGCGGCGGACGACGAGGACCGCCUGAUCAGCGUGCAGUUCGCGUGGAAGGGCGAGGAGAAGAACGUCUCCACCUUCUUCGUGGGCACGUCUCCCGAGUUCGAGCUGGCCCUGUACACGAUGUGCUUCCUGUGCAGCGAGGAGGAGAAGACGUUCCUGGAGAUCGGGCCCUACGACCUCAACAUCGUGUGCUACCGCAUCAGGUCCAAGUACGGAGACAAGGUGGCCACCGCCUACCCCGACCUGAUUGGCGAGGACCCCAGCAACGCCCUGGCCAACCUCACCUUGUAGAGGAGUGAGGCGGGGGGGGACCGGGGGUGUUUGCAGAUACCAGCCCAAACUGAACCGAACCCAAUGCAGAAGAGCGAGGGGGAGCGGGGGGGGUGACUUUAUUCCAAUCCCACAGGGGGACGCGGGUGCGGGUGGCUACUGGCCCGGCCCGCGAUGGGCCACCACUGGGUCCGUGGCAGCGCACGACCGAGGCGGCGGCUGUUUUGCAGGGCGACGGUGAAAGCAACGGCUAGCUGUGGUGUGGUGCGAUGCGGUGCGGGCGCCUCAGCAAGUCCACGGCGUGGCAUGGGUACUACACGACGUGUAUGCCGCACGGCAGCGGGGUGCGUGUGCGCGGGUUGAGCUAACGUGAGCAGGUCUGCGCUUGUGAUUAUGGGCACAGUCAUUGCGUGAGUCGCAAAAAAAAAGCGUGAGCCUUGGACUGGCAGGGUGGCCUUGGCGGUGGUGGGUAUUUGCCGAGUGUCGGGCCAUGGACUGGCGCGCGAGCCGUUCGUGUGUGGGUGCGCGAUUAUACGGCAAGUUUGGCUGAAUUUAUGCUCAUGCAGGGCAUGCAUGUGUGUAUGCGGGCACUGAGCCAGUACCGGGCGCAGGGUGGCAGUAGGCAAGAAGGGUUCAAUGGGGGGACUCAGCGCCCGCCAUUCUUGCAUGGGUAAACCGCGUUCCCGAUGUAAGACUGAGCUCAC